GGGGCGUUUUCACUGUAUUUUCCCCCUCUGCAGCAUCAGUAGCACAGUGCCAGCCUCCAACCAGAAUACGCGGCUCAUGCCUGCUCUGUGGGGGGUUUCCAAAGGUUGGGAAGCUAGAGCACGUACAAGGACGGCUAAUAACACCGACCAAAACAAAGCGCGCUGCCUGUCACCGGGGAUCCGUCCGUAUUCCGUGUAGAAGCACGUCCGACUAGUGCGAACGAGGACGACACAGCAGGAUGUCUGCCAGAGGAGGAAAGAAGAAGGCCACCAAGCUGUCCCGCUCAGCUAGGGCAGGAGUUAUCUUCCCUGUGGGUAGGAUGAUGAGGUAUUUGCGCACCGGCACGCACAAAUACCGUAUUGGUAUGGGGGCACCUGUCUACAUGGCAGCAGUCAUCGAGUACCUGGCAGCUGAGAUCUUGGAGUUGGCAGGAAAUGCAGCGCGGGACAACAAGAAAGGCAGGAUCACUCCCAGGCACAUUAAGCUGGCUGUGGCCAAUGACGAGGAGCUCAACCAGCUUCUGAGGGGGGUGACCAUAUCAAAUGGAGGCGUCCUGCCUCGGAUACACCCAGAGCUGCUCUCCAAGAAGAGGGGGGUCAGGGUAAAAACGGACAGCCAGGCAUCGGUCCCUGAGAAGAAGGUUGAACGAUCGAAGAGCAAGAAACCCAUCAAAUCCUUCAAAAAGGUUAAAGGCAAACGAGGACGAAAGCCAAAGAGCACAAACAACGAGUCUGUACCAAACUCCACAUUGGAAGACGGUCCUGGAGAUGGAUUCACCAUCCUGUCAGCAAAGAGCCUGUUCCUUGGACAAAAGCUUUCACUAACGGAGAGUGAAAUCAGCAAAAUUGGAACAAUCAAAGUGGAGGGUAUAAUUAACCCAACAAAUGCGGAGAUGGACCUCAAAGAUGGUGUGGGCAACGCCCUGGAGAAGGCUGGAGGCCGAGAAUUCCUCGAGGCAGUCAAGGAGCUGCGGAAAGCACAAGGGCCUUUGGAGGUGGCUUCGGUGGCAGUGAGCCAGGCCAGUGGAAUGGCAGCUCGUUUCAUCAUCCACUGUAAUGUACCUCAGUGGGGUUCAGAGAAGUGUGAGGACCAGUUAGAGAAGACGGUGAAGAACUGCCUCUCGGCAGCAGAGGACAAGAAGCUCAAGUCUGUGGCGUUCCCUGCUCUUCCUGCUGGACGGAACGGAUUCCCCAAACAAACGGCCGCCCAGCUCAUCCUCAAGGCCAUCUCCAACCAUUUUGUGUCGUCCAGCAGCUCCUCUCUGAAAAACAUUUACUUUGUUCUGUUUGACAGCGAGAGCAUCGGAAUAUAUCUUCAGGAAAUGGCCAAGCUGGACGCUAAGUGAGGAUCAUUGCUUAAAGAGGGUUUUCUAACUGUUGUUUGUUGCAGGUGGUGUAUACUGGGGCAAGGGGUGGGAGGGGGGUUUGAUGUGAAAUCUAUGUUAGUUAAAGACAAAAAAAAAAUCUGUGUGAGUUCACAUUUAUGUCCUACUGUCCCUUGAGAUUGUAUCCUUUAUAGGUUAGAUCAUUUCACUCCAUACAGUUUGCCAAUAGGGUCUGUUGUUUUGAUGAUGUUUUUACAUUCCAUGUACAUUUAGAACUCCUGGCCUCUGUAGUUUCAGAUAUACUUAGUUUACUAAAAAAACUGUGGUUCUCAGUCUGAUUUGAAAUAAAUUAUCAGAUGUUUUACACCAGA